AUGAACAACGAUAUUGGGAAACGAUGGGAAUUCCACAAAUGGGAAGUGGUUGAAAGCGAGAUUGAAAGUUUGGUGGAGAAGCAAAGUCAAAAAAAUGGCUACAUAUAUGGGUAUUGGCGAAAUGAAAAGGAAGAGAAAGCGAUGAUGGUGGGUAAGUGA